CGGAUAGCUGAGAAUCAAUAAUACGAACGAGAACCGUCACAAUAUGAAAUUUGAGAUACCGAGUGAAAGACAAAACUGAAAAGAAAUGAGAAACAAAAAGCAUAACCGAAACUGCGACACACACUGAAAUGCGGCGAGUGCGUUGCAUGUAAUUGUAAGAAUCUAAGAAUGCUAAUAAUUGCACAGCGUCUGAUGUAACAUGGACGGCCUCGCCACUUUCGAACUUUCAUGUUGCGAGCUUAUUUCAUUUGGUGGGAACCAUAUCCCUCCUGUAACAAUACGGAUAUGUAAAUUAUUGCCGAUUACGACCGGUGGCUUUAUAACGUAUGAGUAAUUAAACGACUGCGAGGUGGACGGCUUCAAAUAUUGAGACGGGGAAUUGAUUAACGGUCAAGAGUUUCUGGAGAAGCGAAUGAAUAUUGACAUCGUUGACCGUCAGUUGUGAGUCGAUCGUCUUGGAGUGCGCCACGAUACCGAAAGGAUUCUUCCACCUCUCAACUGUCCCGACAACGUUUUGGUGCGUCCUCGUUAACUAGCAUCGUUGACUGUGAUUAUACAGAUUACUGAUAUGUGAAAUGAAAAAGAACUUCGCCGAUCAAUUCUUGGUCGGAUUCAGUCAACACGCAUAUCGCUCGUUAAGAUGUCGCAGGCUGCGUAUAUACAGGACAUGUUGGCAGAUCCUACCGUACCGGAUCAGGCAACCGGCCCUCGUGAAGUUGCAAAUUUUUACGCCAAUCGUAACGUCCUGCUCACCGGUGGUUCCGGAUUUUUGGGACGGCUAUUGACGGAAAGAAUAUUGCGGUCAUGCCCAAACAUCAACCAGUUGUUCUUGCUUUUACGAGCGAAAAAAGGAAAAACCCCCCACGAGAGAUUCAAAGAACUUUUCGACGAUGUGAUUUUCGAUCGGUUAAAAAGAGAGAGACCAAAUUUCGGCCGGAAGGUUUCGUUGAUAGAAGGAGACAUGAUGCAGGUUGGUUUGGGGCUGUCCGUGGAGCACAGGGAGCAGCUUCGAGCCACCCAUGUCGUAUUGCACGGUGCGGCCACUGUUCGGUUUGACGAAAAAUUGCGCACUGCGGUGAACAUCAACGUCAGGGGAACGAAAGAGCUGCUGUCGCUGGCAAAGGAAAUGACAAAUCUCAAGGCAUUCGUCCACGUAUCCACAGCCUAUGCGAAUUGUCCUCGUAGCGAUAUCGAUGAAAAAUUCUACCCGCCGCCUAUGAACAGCGAAAAAUUACUCGGUCUUUUGGACAUACUGGACGACGCAUCUCUCGAUCAUCUGACCCCAGUAUUGUUGGGCGAAUGGCCGAAUACGUACACGUUUACAAAAGCGGUUGCGGAGGACACGGUUCGUCAAUAUCGUCAGAAUCUACCUCUCUGCAUUUUGAGACCAUCGAUAGUUAUAGCCACCGCAAAAGAACCUGUCAGCGGAUGGAUAAACAACGUCUACGGUCCAACGGGGAUGGUCGUCGGUGCUGCUGUCGGAUUGUUGCGUACCCUACGGUGCGACCCAGAUAUGGUAGCGGAUCUAAUACCAGCUGACUACGUAGUAAAUGCCAUAAUAGUCGCGGCUUGGGACAUCGCCAAGACUCAAAGUUUGAACUUGAACAGUUUGGACGGUCCGGAUAUCGAGGAACCGCCGAUUUACAACGUCGUGUCGUCUUGUCAGCGACCGUGGACUUGGGGACAAUUUACGGAGUACACCGAACGCUAUGCGAUGGCCAUUCCUAGCCCGAUGUGCCUCUGGUAUUACUGUUUCCUUCUUCACAAGCGCGCCUGGAUGCACAAAAUCUGUGUGGUAUUCUUACAUCUUGUUCCAGCAGCGAUUGUGGACUCCAUAUUGUGGCUCAGCGGACGAAAACCGAUGCUCUGGGAAGCGUAUAGAAAGAUUCAUAAAUUCAGUGGCGUUAUUUCGUACUUUACGUUACAACAAUGGAGAUUUCAUAACAAUGCUACCCUAAAAUUAGCCGAAAGAAUGACUCCGGCUGAUCGCAACGAAUUUGAUUUAGACAUAGGAAGUCUUAACUGGGAAGACUACACGCAUCAUCACGUCCGAGGGCUCAGGGUUUAUCUCUUCAAGGAUCCAUUGGACACGGUGCCGCAAGGACGUGCGAAAUAUAGGAGACUGAAAAUAGCUCACUACACCGUUGUCUGGACUUUCGGGCUCCUGUGUCUUUGGUUGCUGUGGGCUCUUCUACGUACGAUCGGAUUGGUCUAACUUUUCGUUCGCGAUUGCACGCUGUCAGAAACUUGAGUUCGAUGUAGAAUAAAUUAUGCCUAAGCACUUUGUAAAUGAAGAGUCAUUGAUGCAUCCGGUCCCGACGAAUCCGAUGCUAUGUGAUCGUUAAAACUGCACACCUUCAGUUACGAGUUGGAUUCUCACGCGGUAUAUAAUUGCGCAUGCCGAGUCUUCCUGAUUAAAUGUUUGAAUAUAUGUACAUAUAUAUUUAUUGGAACCACGUAUAACCUUGACUCGUUGCAUCGCCGGGGUCCAACCGUCGCCGUAGCCAUGCUCAUCCGUAAAAGUAAGCAAAAUUAUGUGCGACAGUCUAACAUUCACUAUCUUCUCUAUUCUACAAAAUAAACGGUCGACUGCA